AUGGAGUACUACUGCUUUGCAGAAGACAAGUAUUCCGACCGCAACACGCGCAUCACAUCCAUCCUUUACAGCACCUUCUAUUUCCAACAAAUCGAAGAUUCGGGCACCAGAACGGAGACGACUAAACCCACUCAAAAACCUGAUAAGGAUAAAGACGUCCCUGAUCGCUCGUUUCUACCGGAUGCCAGUACGCUCGACGCGCUCGAUGCCACUAACCAACCAACCGAGCGGCAUUCUGUUCCAGAUGCUGAUGAUUCCGAGUACCACGAGAGCAACGCAAGUACGCAAGGAUCUGGUUAUCAAAAGGGGCGGACCAGUUUCGCCGUUCUGGUACGGGUGAGGUCGACGAUGCUCGAAAUGUUGAGAGUGAUCAGAACGCCUCAGAACGCAGGGGAACCGUCACGUUCGUGA